GGGUGGAGGAUGAUAGUGGAGGGAGCCUGGUAGAGCCUGGAAGAGCCUGGUAGAGCCCGGGGUGCCUGGGGAAGGUCCGGAGUGAAGAAGCAGUGAUACAGCAGCUGUUGAAGUUUCAGCAUAAUGGCAGAGAAGAUGACACAUUAUGAGCAGGUUGUUCAUAAGGCUCGUGAGGCCUUUAUGUCUGGUAAGACAAAAGAUGUUUCAUUUCGGAAACAGCAGUUAAAGGCCCUCAAACUCAUGUAUGAGGAGAAUGAGGCUGCAUUUUGCAAAGCAUUGGCUAAAGACCUCAAUAAGCCAAAACAAGAGUCCAUUUUGCUUGAAUUGAAUCUUCUGAUAGAUGAUCUAAGGCAUAGUCUUGCCCGUAUUGAUGAGUGGGUGAAACCAGAGACAACACCAACCAACAUUGUAACCAUAUUUGACAAGACUUUGAUUUUUCAUGACCCAUAUGGUGUUGUACUUAUUAUGGGAGCAUGGAACUACCCAGUUCAGCUUUGUCUCCUGCCAUUAUCAGGUGCUAUAGCUGCUGGUAACUGUGCCAUCAUCAAGCCGUCAGAAGUUUCAUCUGCAACAGCAGAAACAAUUGCUGAGCUCAUCCCCAAGUAUCUGGAUAACGAAUGCUUUCAAGUUGUGUGUGGAGGAGUUUCAGAGACCACAGAGUUGCUGAAGCAACGUUUUGACUACAUUUUUUACACGGGAUCACCUCAAGUUGGCAAAAUUGUGAGAGAUGCUGCCAAUAAGUAUCUUACUCCUACUACUCUUGAGUUAGGUGGUAAAAGUCCACUCUACAUUGAUGAGAGCGUUGACAUGGAUAUUGCAGUUCGACGCAUUUUGUGGGGAAAGUGUAUUAAUGCUGGCCAAACUUGUAUUGCACCUGAUUACGUUCUGUGUUCUAAGCAAGUACAAAACAAGUUUGUGGACAAGGCACGGGAGGUUCUCCAAGAGUGGUAUGGGGAUGAUCCUAAGAGUUCUCCUGAUCUUUGCAGGAUUGUGUCUGAAAAGCAUGUGGAGCGACUAGCAGAGUAUCUUAAGGAUGGCAAAGUUGUAAUUGGUGGGGAUGUGAAUAAAGAAGAAAAAUGGGUAUCUCCUACCAUUUUAGUGGAUGUCUCUCCCAAAAGCAAGGUGAUGACUGAAGAAAUAUUUGGACCCAUUCUGCCCAUUAUGAAUGUUGAUUCUCCAUAUGAUGCUAUCAAGUUUAUCAAUGACAGAGAGAGACCCCUGGCUCUGUACAUAUUUACGAACCAUUAUGACCUAGUUGAUAUUUUUAUGGAGCAAGUUCCCUAUGGUGGUUGUACAGUUAAUGAUGUGAUUUUCCAUGCAGCAGUUCAUGAUUUGCCGUUUGGUGGUGUUGGCAACAGUGGAAUGGGUUGUUACCAUGGAAAAGCUUCAUAUGAUACAUUUACCCAUCGCAAAUCUUGCCUUGUUCGAAACUACAACAAGAUUGCUGAUGCCAUUGGAAAGAAGCGUUAUCCACCAUACUCUGAAAAGAAUAUGAACUUUCUUGCUAGUAUGUUGAAAGAGCAUUCAUUACCCAGCUUCAGGAUGCUGCCAUAUGUCAUUGCCUUUGGUCUUGGUGUUGUUUCAGUAUUUGCAGUCAGCAAAAUUGCUAAGGGUGAUUUGCGUGAAUGGAUGAAUCGUAGAGUGGGCGCAGCUAUUGAGUUAAUUCGUAAACCUCAGACUUAGGUCACACUCACAAAUUACCUUGCAUUACAUAUUUUUACAGCCUUUCCAAGCUGUUGCUGGUGAAGAUGACACAGACAUCUAAGGAGUUUUUUAAAAGAAAGUACUCCAUAUUUUUAGUAAAUUUUUCUGUUAAAUGAAAGGGCAUAGCUAGCUUGCUUUAGAGACUUUUGAUACAAGUCGUUCAAUAAGAACAAUAACUGAAGUGUUUAUAGAUAAAAUAAGUUUGGAUUUAUUGAACAAUAAUGCAUUUGCUUACUUUUGUGCAAAACUAACAAUAUCUCAUACUUACAGCUGUAAUAGCCAAUUACAUAAAAAGCCUUAACAAUGUAUGUAAAUGUUAGAUUGUUUUGAGUUUUCAAGUGCAUGAUUGUCUUAGACGUUUAUUUUCUUUUUCUUAUAGAAGUCUUGCAUUCCCAAUACCACUAAAAUUUUAAUUUUUACACUUCGGAAUAGUUAAGGAAAGUUUAUCAAUACAAAACUAGAGGAGAGUAUAUUAUAAUAUAUGAUAGUGAAUUGUUGGAGAUGCUAUGGGAAGGUUGAAUAAAAUUAAGAUUGCCUUUUUUAUACUAUAGUGUAAUCCCUCCAUCUCUGCCACUUUUCUAACCACAAAUUGACCUUUCCAAAAGUUUUAUUAUUCAGCCAUCUGCAAGAUGGACUUUCUGAGAUAUGAUGAGCUAAUAUUAGCUCAUUCACAUUGCCUGAAAUUGUGGAUCUGCAACUUGUGUAUGUUCAGCCACAGCUCAUGUAUACUAUGGUAUGUCAUCACAUCAUGCAAGGUGCUAAUAUAGACAGACCAUGCUGUACCAUAACAUAAAGAUCUUUAAAAAAAAAAAAAUUCUGGGGCAGCAUUAUUUUUUUUUCCAAAUUAUGAUUUUUUCAGCACUUUUUGGUUUCAUCAUUUUUGGGCAGCCAUUAUACUCUAGUGGCCAUCCAUUCUACCUCUUACUGAUCCAAACUGUAUUGACAGUGUUUAGGAGUAAAUGUGUGACUUUUGAUUUGCACUUAAUCAAUUUUCAGCUUACUUGCAGUGGGUUUUUCUCUUGAUGUAAAUUCUGCAAUGGUUGUGUAUACUGGUGACUAAGCAAGAUGAAUAUAUUAGUGUGAAAAGAGUAUUCCUACUUAAUAGUAUAGGUGUGGGCAGUGUAGGACCUUCACUGGUGUGAGCAAUAAAAUUAACUAGAAUUGCAAAGAAAAUUGGAGCAUGGAGUUAGUAUUUCUUAUGUCAUGGUAGUAUGUUGAUGGAAGAGCAACUGUUUAUGGUGUGAAGGCUAAGAGAAAUAAACUUCUUCACUUUAAUGCUUGAAGUUAGUGUUAAAGCUCUCUGGGAAGGAGGUUUACAGGGGGCACCUUUAAACCAAGAAUACUAAUGAUACUUCAUAUGAAUGGUUAUAUCAGUGGCACAGUAGAAGUGUGCAUCUUUUGAGAAAGGUUUCUAAUAGUCAAGAGCUGGUUUUUUUACAAAGAACUGAAGAUAAAAAUUGAUCAUAGCUUCGGCUGGAUGUACAAGUUUAAUUAUAUGGUCUACAUCCUUUGUACUGUACAUAAAUAAAUAGGAAGUUGGAAGACAAUAACUGAUAGGUAAUGAUGAGUUUUUUGUUUCAUAAAAUUUGUGCACAUCUAAUUGUACAGUGCAUUACUGAAACUUUGGUUGUUCCUGAAAGCUCCUAGACUGAUGACAGUAAAUUCUCUUUGACCUAUAACUAUUAUUUUUCAAGUCGUAAAUAGCAGUAUAUUAUUUUUCAACACAUGGCAAUCUCCCACCUAUUAAUUAUUCAUUUGUACUACAACUGAUCCAAAAUAGGACAAAUGAGCUUAACAGUACUCUGGGUACAUAGGUGUGAAAGUGCAUUACCUCUGUUCUUUUCAAUCUGUAUACAUAUGUUCCAUUCCUUGGAAUUCACCCUCCCAUAAUUUUUCUUGUAAUGCAUUCCUUGUGAAUACUGAGGGGACUACAGUACUGUAUAUCCCAGUGUAAUAAGUUGUGGAAAGGUUGCAAUAUUUCCAUUUGUUAAGUUAUAUACAUAAACAGAGAAACUAUUAUUCAAGAAAUGUUAUAUAGUUUAGUGUACUGUACUGUAGUAACUAUAUUUUAUAUACCAAUUUAUGGAGCUAUAGAUUAGGACACUUCUCAUAAUUAGUCACUAGAUACAUGAUUUUAUUUCAUGGAUGUGUUGUAUAAACUUGCUUACAAGUCAGGAAGAAAUUUUUGAUUUUGUAAAGUGGUUUUUGAACUAAAGGUGAGACACAUUUGUGAAAACAAGAUGUGUAUUCAUAAAAGCAAGUUUGUCAAAUAUGAGUGAAAUGUUUUUCUCAUUAACCUUUAUCUUGGUGACUGAUAAAACACAUUUUUUUGUAUUACACAUGUAUUAAAAAUAAAGUAUAAUGCAAAAUAUU